UUGCCUGUUGCAGUGUUUCAGACAUCCAAAAUCGGAUGUCUUCCGCUUGAUCCCAUUUUGUCAGUAGUAGUCUUUUUUGGGUUUGAAUUUGGAUCACUUAUUAAAGUUCCCAGCUGCAUCAAAUUGUAUCUAUUGAUAAAAAGAUCAUGCUGAAGGGGAUUUCAGCCUGCAGCCUAUCGGCGCAGCGGAAUUGCGCUUUGGAAAAAUGCUGCUCCAAAGUCGCAUCUCGUUGUGUCACGUCUCUCGCCGAGAAGAAGAAAGAAAUCGCCAACGGACCCAGUCUGGGUGAUUUUAUCUCGGGCGAAGUGUCUUCGCAGCAGUACGCUGGCAAACUGAAACGGGAUCCCUCCGAACCAGAACGACUGAGGCUGCCGCCGUGGUUAAAGCGAGAAAUUCCUGUGGGGAAGAAUUUCAACCGAUUAAAAGACUCACUCCGCGAACUGAAUCUGCACACGGUCUGCGAGGAAGCCCGAUGUCCAAAUAUCGGGGAAUGCUGGGGCGGAAAAGAGGGAACAGCGACGGCGACGAUUAUGCUUUUGGGCGACACGUGUACGCGCGGAUGCCGAUUUUGUUCGGUGAAGACCGCCCGCAAUCCCCCGCCUCCGGAUCCCAAUGAGCCCGUGAAUACGGCUAAAGCCUUGUCUUCCUGGGGGCUGGAUUAUGUUGUACUGACAACGGUGGAUCGUGACGAUCUACCUGAUGGUGGAGCCAGUCAUUUGGCGCAGACUAUUGCCGAGAUCAAAUCCAGGAAACCAACGCUAUUAGUAGAGUGCCUAACCGGCGACUUCCGGGGGGAUCUGAAGGGUGUGGCCACGGUGGCGGUUUCCGGUCUGGAGGUGUAUGCGCAUAAUGUGGAAACGGUGGAAGCAUUGCAGAGGCACGUGCGGGAUCCUAGAGCGGGAUAUCAGCAGUCGUUAGAGGUGUUGCGACAUGCUAAACGCACCAAGCCGUCAUUGAUUACGAAAAGCUCGAUUAUGCUGGGACACGGCGAGACCGAUGAUCAAGUACAGCAAACCUUAAAAGAUCUCCGGGAUGCCAACGUGGACUGCGUCACAUUAGGCCAAUACAUGCAACCCACCAAGCGACAUCUGAAGGUAGUGGAAUACGUGACUCCCGAAAAGUUUGCCCAUUGGGAGAAAGUUGGGAAAGAGAUGGGAUUCGCGUACGUGGCCAGCGGUCCGUUAGUGCGCUCCUCCUACAAAGCCGGGGAAUUCUACAUUGCAAAUCUUCUGAAAUCUCGCCAGCAAGACUCUGCUAGGGUGCACACAGAGAUUUAGAAGGGUUUUGUUUAUAAAUAUGCUCUUUACUCGCUCGGGAAAAGAUACUGUGAUUUAUGCAAAUUGUUAUGAAUAUAUGCUAUAUGUUAAUGCAGUGUUUGGCAGUGAAUGUGAAAUCGCUUUUACUGUCUUUGAAAGAAGAACGAAAACUGAAAAAAAAACUGUUUCAGCUGAAGAACAGGCUGAAAAAGAUACUUAAUUCCGCGGUAAACGCUAUUAGAGCUUUUAUUUCGAUGUUCUGGUCCAAGAAAUUCAAAGUCGACUACGUGUGUUCGGUGUAUUUCUACAAUAUGUCCCUUGUUUUGGUCUUUGAAC